UUUUGGUCCUAGAAAAGGCCUGAAAUAGAACAAACGAAACCGGCUCUUCGCACCGAAGCCAUUCGUUGCUUGAACCUGCCCCUUCGCCCGCAUCUAAAGGGGUUGUCCUUAAACCCUUGUGCGCCUCUUCCCCUACGCAACAAGAACUCUCGCAUUUCUUUCUCUGAGCCUCUCGCCCUGUGCACUGAUUCUGGUAUCUAUUUCUUCUAUUCCGAAAAAUCUUGUCAUUUUGUUAACAAAUUUGAGUGUGAUGGCGACGCGGAUGGCUGCGAGAUUUGUGUCCAGAAGACUGUAUAGCAGUGGCAAUGGCAGAGUACUUAGUGAGGAGGAAAAAGCUGCAGAAAAUGUUUACAUUAAGAAAACUGAGCAAGAGAAAUUAGAGAAGCUUGCUCGCAAGGGUCCUCAACCAGACAGUAAGGCAGCGGCAGGCUCGGGGGGUUCAGUAACUGACGCCAAACCCAGCUUGGAUUCUACAGGAACAUCAUCUGCCGAGAAAGUUUCUACUGACCAGUACCGGAACUAUGCAGUUGUUGCUGGGACCAUUACAAUUCUUGGUGCUUUGGGAUGGUACCUUAAAGGCACUGCGAAGAAGCCAGAAGCGCAGGAUUGAGGCUUGCUUCGAUAGUUGCACUGCCUUGAUGCAUGUUGCCAUAGUUUGGUAAUGGUUGUAGCAGCUAGACAAAUAAAUGACCACACAAUACCUGUGUUCUACGUUCCAACAUACUAUCAAUAUGAUUGGCUUCUUUUAUGUUUCUCAAUAAUUUGCAGUUUGCAGAUGAUCUAUAUUCUCUGGAUUCUACGCACUUUGCGUGAGGACUGAGUCACAUCGAAUUUGUUUUGAUUGAAAUUGUUCUAAUGGCGUGAGAUUAUU